AUGGAAGAAGACUCGCCAAGACAAAGAGAUUCUGUCUCUCUCACGCCCAUGGCCAAUGGUCUGGAGAACUUGGGGGCUGAGUUCCUGGAGAGCAUGGAGGAAGGCCAGGCCCCUGGAAGCAACCAGAGCCCUACAGAGGUUGUGAGCAGCUGGAGUGAGGCAGGACCCACGCGCUUCUCCAGAUGGAGGAGCCUGCAGCCCGUCACACGAGCGAAGCGCCUGUGCAGGGAGGACGCACAGCUGCUCCGGUGGAUCUGCACAGGCCUGCUGUGCACUGCAUUUGCUGCCUUCCUGCUGGUUGCCUGCCUCCUGGAUUUCCAAAGGGCCCUGGCACUGUUCAUCCUCUCCUGUGUGGUCCUUGCCUUCCUGGCCUACAGCCUGCUAAAGAGGCUGCUGGGGCCAAAGCUGACGAGAUGUGUCAAGCCUCUUGGAAAUUCCUGCCUGAACAUCUGGUUCAAGAGGGCUCUGGGCCUCGCUGCUUUGGUGGGCCUGGUUCUGUGGUUGAUCCUGGACACCGCCCGGCGACCUGAGCAGCUGGUCUCCUUCGCAGGAGUCUGCAUGUUCAUCAUCCUCCUCUUUGCCUUCUCAAAGCAUCACCGUGCAGUGUCCUGGAGGGCUGUAUCCUGGGGCCUUGGGCUGCAGUUUGUGCUUGGCCUCUUUGUCAUCAGAACAGAACCAGGGUUUAUUGCGUUCCAGUGGCUGGGUGACCAGAUUCAGAUCUUCCUGAGCUACACCGUGGCUGGCUCCAGCUUCGUGUUUGGGGAGGCCCUGGUCAAGGACGUCUUUGCCUUUCAGGUCUUGCCCAUCAUCGUUUUCUUCAGCUGUGUCAUGUCGGUUCUCUACUAUGUAGGCCUCAUGCAGUGGGUGAUUCUGAAGAUUGCCUGGCUGAUGCAGGUCACCAUGGGCACCACGGCCACAGAGACCCUUAGUGUGGCUGGGAACAUCUUUGUGAGCCAGACCGAGGCUCCUCUCCUGAUCCGGCCCUACCUGGCAGACAUGACGCUCUCAGAGAUCCACGUCAUCAUGACUGGAGGCUAUGCCACCAUCGCUGGCAGCCUGCUGGGCGCCUACAUCUCGUUCGGGAUUGAUGCUGCCUCCCUGAUCGCUGCUUCCGUGAUGGCUGCUCCUUGUGCGCUGGCCCUCUCCAAGCUGGUCUACCCUGAGGUGGAAGAGUCCAAGUUCAGGAGUGAGGAAGGGGUGAAGCUGACCUACGGAGACGCACAGAACCUCUUAGAAGCAGCCAGCAGCGGGGCUGCCAUUUCGGUGAAGGUCGUUGCCAACAUUGCAGCCAACCUGAUUGCAUUCCUAGCAGUGCUGGCCUUCAUCAAUGCUGCCCUCUCCUGGCUGGGCGACAUGGUGGACAUCCAAGGGCUCAGCUUCCAGCUCAUCUGCUCCUACAUCCUGCGGCCUGUGGCCUUCAUGAUGGGCGUGGCCUGGGAGGACUGCGCAGUGGUGGCCGAGCUGCUGGGGAUGAAGCUGUUUCUGAAUGAGUUUGUGGCCUACCAGGAGCUUUCCAAGUAUAAGCAGCGCCGGCUGGCUGGGACCGAGGAGUGGGUCGGUGGCACCAAACAGUGGAUCUCCGUCAGAGCAGAAAUCCUCACCACGUUUGCCCUCUGUGGAUUUGCCAACUUCAGCUCCAUUGGGAUCAUGCUAGGAGGCCUGACCUCCAUGGCCCCCCAGCGGAAAGGUGACUUCUCCAAGAUUGUGCUGCGGGCACUUUUCACGGGGGCCUGUGUGUCCUUGGUGAACGCCUGUGUGGCAGGGAUUCUCUAUGUGCCCCGAGGGGCUGAGGUUGACUGUGUGUCCCUCCUGAACACGACCCUCAGCAGCAGCAGCUUUGAGGUGUACCAGUGCUGCCAGGAGGCCUUCCAGAGCACCAGCCUCAACUUCACUGCAGGGGCCCUGAGUAACUGCUGUCAGUUUUACAACCACACAACCUGUACGUAG